AUGGAAUAUGUACCGCCACAGCAGCUUGAUAGCAACAUUUUUUUUGGUUCGUUAGCGACUUUAACUGAGCCACAUACUUUACAACAGCGUAACAUUAGAUUCUUCAUCGGUGUUGGUAUAUCAAACCAUGUUUUUGCGAAUGCAUAUGAAAUGCUAAGUAAACCAUAUAAUGAUGAACUGGUAAUGGUAAAUUUUGAAGAUGAAAUGAUGAUGACCCAAGACUAUAAUACAACUUUUAAUGACGAAACGAACGAGUUGAUCUCGAAAUAUCACAGAAAUAAUACACAACUAUUGCAACAAUUGCUGGAUGGCAAAAAUAAUACACUGGGAAGUAACAUACAUGACUUACUUACUCCUCCAGUAACACCAAUCAGUUCUAGUAGGAGCGGAAGAUACUCAUACCUCGAUGAAGAUGUCAUUCCUAAUAGUACUUUGGGUACUAAAGUACACUCCAAUACUUUCAGAAAAUCGCACCUGGAAAAGUUUAAAGUAUUUAAUGAGUUGAUCUCAUUAUUCAAAUCUAUGGAAUCUAAUAACAAUAUUCUUAUCUUGUCAGAAUUCGGAAAUGAUUACGAACUAAUGACCCUUCUCAUAUCUAUAAUAAUGAAGAAGGAUCCAUCCGUAUCAGUCAUGGAUGCUCUUCAGUUUGUUAAGUCCAGUCGCUAUAGUGAUGAGCCCAUUGUAAAAGAGGAGCAAAUUAUAUGGUCCAGUGGCCUAAUUAACUAUCAUGAAUUUGUAAGGGCAAGUGGUAUGUUUUGGGGUUUAGGAUCAACUAUGGGUCAAAAGCUGGGAAGCCCAACUAGAAUGAAUAAAAAGAACAGAGUGAAUGAAGAAGCUAUGCACGAUGGAAUUAUUAGUCCCUCUGCAAAGCCAGCAACAGCGGAUGGUUGUCUUCAAAGAAAAAUUGCUAGUUGUAAAAGAGUUAGGAUCUAG